UUUUAAUUUUUUUAUUGUUUUCUUUGUAUACAUACACGUACUCAAUCGAUCUUGUUUGAUUUAAGGUUACAAUAUAUCUUACUAUCGAAACCACGUGAAUUCUUAAGAAUUUUUAAGUACUCUCUUAAAGAUAACUGUAUAAAUAUAUUUAUUAAAUCAGGUUAUUCCCUAAAAGAAUAUUUCCAGUGGAAAACUUUUAAGUGAAACUUGAAAAAAAGAACAAAACAAAAUGUAUGAGUGGUGCCUUUCACUACUACCACCACCACCACCACCACCACCACCUCUCACCUGUUAUACUCGAUUUAUCAAUACUGUCACAAUAUUUUUCAAAUAUGUUCACAAUCAUAUCUCAGGUGAAGAUGUUUUGAUAAAGAUUAUUAUCGAAUUAUUACGAAAAUGUGAUAAUAAUAAAUCGUUUAUAAAAUCACAGUUGUUCCCGGUUGUUUUUUUUAGACACAUUGCAAUUACACAUAAUCAUCGCCGCGGUUUUAUAAUUCCAUCGUCAAUAUUUGUUUUUCUUUUAUUUUCCAAGAAAAUGUUUUCUUUAAGAAAAUUAUUCUUUAACAAGUCUACAUUAUUUAAUAAACAAUUGCACACUUCGAAUUUAUUAUACGAUGCGAUUAUAAUAGAUGGAAAUAAAAUUUCAAAUGAAAUUAAGGAGGAAUUAAAAAAAGACAUCAAUGCUUGGGUAAGUGUAGGCAACAAGAAACCAAAAUUAGUGGCUAUUCUUGUAGGAAAGAAUCCUGCCAGCCAAGCUUAUGUUAAAAGAAAAAUAGAAUCUGCAAAUUUCGUAGGUAUUGAAAAUUACACAAUUAAUCUGGAUGAAAGCAUAACUCAAAAAACGUUACUGGAAAAUAUAAAUAACUUGAAUGAAGAUCCAUCGGUAGAUGGGAUUAUUGUGCAAUUACCAUUGCCAAAGGGUCUCAAUGAGAAAGAAGUGUGUCAAGCAAUAUCAUCCAGAAAAGAUGUUGAUGGUUUUCACUUAGAAAAUAUAGGAAAUUUGACAUUGGAUAAUAAAGGUAUUAUACCGGCAACUGCAUUGGGUGUAAGAGAGUUAAUAGUAAGAUCAAAUGUUGAAACCUUUGGAAAGCACGCAGUUGUGAUAGGAAGAUCUAAACACGUUGGUUUACCAAUAGCUCUGUUACUACAUGCAGAUGGUGCAGGAGAAACGGGUGGAUUAGACAUGACAACAACAAUUUGUCACAUCAAUACUCCUCCUGAACAAUUAAAACAAAUGACAAGACUUGCUGAUUUAGUAGUAGUAGCAGCUGGUAUUCCUGGUUUAGUUACAAGAGACAUGAUCAAACCUGGAGCAUGUGUAAUUGAUGUUGGAAUUAAUAGAAUCAAAGACAAAAGUAGUAAUAAAAACAUCCUUGUUGGAGAUGUGGAUUAUGAACAAGUGAAAAAGGUUGCAGGAUAUAUAACACCUGUACCAGGUGGUGUGGGUCCUAUGACAGUUACGAUGUUGUUAAAAAACACAUUUACAGUGGCUAAACAAAAUUCAGAAAAGAAAUUAUAGUAGCUGAACAUUUUAUAAUAAAGUCAUUUUAUGUACACAUGAAAGUAUUUAAA